UAAAUUUACAAUGUUCGCGCUUGGUGAAAGUCGUAAAUAAAAGUUAUUUACUUUAUUAUUUGGCAAUAGUUCCAGCAUUACGCGCGUUCAAUCCAUUCAACACAAACAAAAUGUCGCUAGAUGAAUCCAUGAAACGCGUCUACAAAAAGCGCAGUCCGCUGUGCCGUUUGUGCCUGCAGGAAUAUCCCAAAAAACUGAUGAACGAAAUUUUUGGAAAAGAAGCCGGCUGUAAGAAGGAUAUCCAGGCUGCCGUUGGACUAAAGCUCCACAGAAGCGAUCAAACGAUAAGAAUCUGCAACAACUGUAAAGAGAUGGUGAACGUGAUAGUCACAUUUCAGCGGAUAUGCCAACAAAAUGAGCAAACACUACUACAGGGCAGCUUCGAAGUCAGCUGGAACUGCUGGAAAGAAUCCAUCGAACAGAUCAACUCGGUACGUUGUUUGCUGGAUCAGUUCCAGGGUUCGUCGCCGGUGGUCGCCGUUAAGAAGGAGGAAACGGAGAUGUUCGCCGAUUGUGGCAUGGUUGAGUCUAAAGUAGAGGACGAAGAGAUAGAUUUGAUGCAGCUGGAGAUCGAACCGUUAAUAACGAAGGUAGAAGUUGAUCCUGACAAUUGUGACGGGUAUUUUGAAGAGGAAGCAAACGAGGUUGAGUUUGAUAACGAAGAUGAUGAUGAAGAUUUCCGUCCGGAUGGCCCCGAUUCAGAAUCUGAACCGGAACCACAAGCCGAGGAGCGUAAGGUAAAAAAGCAGAAAGCAAAAGAACGAUAUCGCCAGACCCACAAAGCCAAAAGCGGCAAAGUUGUUUGUUCCACGUGUGGUGAAAUGGUUUCUCAGCAGGGUCUGGAAGGUCACAUGAACCGGCAUUUGGGUGUUGCGCCUUACUCUUGCGAGGUCGAAGGUUGUGAGAGCAAGCUUUACUCCAAGUACGCACUUCAGAUGCAUCGCCACCAUCACAAGGUUGUAAACCAGUACUACGACUGUCCCCAUUGCGGAAAAAAGCUGAAAGGGUACAGCAACUGGCUCCGGCACAAAUCCAGCCACACGCAGCCCCCCAAAUAUUCUUGCGAAAUUUGCGGCAAACAAUUCCGGCGAGGUUCUCACUACAAAAUACACGAAACUGUCCACACGGGAGUUGCGAAAUAUCCUUGCGAAGUGUGCGGAAAGCGCUUCACGGUGAAGCACAAUCUGGCAGCGCAUUACAAGAUUCACAUGCGAGAGGGGACGUAUCCCAUUAAUCGGGAUUAAAGUGUUGAAUUGUAGGCAAGUUCAUUAUACAAGAAAUAAAUGAUAAAAUAUUUUGGCAACAUAA